AGUCAACAACAACAACAGCCCCGGCCGCGCCCCCCCCCCCCCUUCCCCUCGACCCGGGCACCUUGGCUAAUCCUGGCCCCCCCAAAUCUUCUCCGAGACCCCGGGAAACCCCUUUCCCGGACCCAAGGAGAGAAACCUGAGGACUGCCUUGUUUUGCCCGACAUUGGCAACGUUACCAGCUGCACAGAUGAAUUGUUUUUGCCCAGUCUCAUCCUGUUUCUGUGGUUCGUAGGAGCAGAGAUGAACUAUGUGGCUAACGGAGUGCUUAAACUCUGGUGGCAGCUCUAAGACCUUUGUACUUUAGCAGGCCUUUCCCUUCCAAGGAUGACGCACUCUACAAGGACAUAAAUUGAGAUGCAAGAAUCCUGAGCUGAGGCCAAGUGAAGGGGCCUAGCUGGUGUCUUGCCACUCACACACCUCUGCACCGACUUCCUUGGAAAAAGCUCAGACGUCACGAGAGCAUAACUAAGGCAGCCCCCCAAAAGCCUUAUUUAUUAUCAUUUUCCCCACUGUUGGCAUGGCAACACAGGCGUAUGUUACUGAGUUACAGGCGGCCCAGCAGCCACCGCAGCCGCAACAGGCACCGCCGCAGGCUCAGCCCCAGCCGCCGCCGCCACCGCCACCACCAUCAGUGGCUCCCCAGCAACAGGCGCCACCACAGGCAUCUGCCACCACCGCCUCUCAGCCACAGUAUGUCACUGAACUUCAGAGUACUCAGCCUCAGCCUGCCAGCCAGAAACAGUAUGUGACCGAGAUCCAGGCCCCCCAGUCGCAGUCGCAGCCUGCCGGCCAGCCUGCCCCGGCCCCGGCCCCCCAGCAGUAUAUCGUGGUGACGGUGUCCGAAGGCACCAUGAGGGCCAACGAGACCGUGUCCGAGUCCAGCCCAGGCUCCACGGCCACCCAGUCCGGAGUGCCCACACAGGUGGUUCAGCAGGUCCAAGCCACGCAGCAGAGGCUGCUGGUCCAGGCGAGCGUGCAGUCCAAGCCCACUGCCAUGUCUCCACUCCAGCUCACGAACGUCCAAGUGCCCCAGCAGCGGCUGGUGGUCCAAAGCGCGACCCAGGCCAACAAAGGAGGCCAAGUCUCACUGGCCGUGCACAGUGUCCAGCAGGUGCACUCUCCCCCAGAGUGCUCACCCGUUCAGGGGGACAACUCAGCCCCCAAGGCCGGGACAGUGCAACAGCUCCAGGUGCAUGGCGUCCAGACCGUCCCUGUCACGCAAGAGAGAUCCGUUGUGCAGACCACUCCACAGACGCCAAAAUCUGGCACCGUACAGCAGCUGACGGUGCAGGGGCUACAGCAGGUUCAACUCACUCAAGAGGUGCAGCAACUCCAGCAGGUGCCAGUUCCACACGUGUACCCCAGCCAGGUGCAGUAUGUGGAAGGCAGCGAUGCCGCUUACUCAGCGAGCACCAUCCGCUCUAGCACCUACCCCUACACGGAGACCUCUCUGUACACCCAGAACACCGGCACCAGCUACUAUGAGUCUCAGGGCACCCCUGCCCAGGUCAGCACUCCCGCCACCUCCCAAGCCGUGGCCAGCAGUGGCUCUGUCCCCAUGUAUGUGUCCGGGAGCCAGAUUGUCACCAACUCCAGUGCUGGGGGAGGAGGAGCAGGUGGAGGAGGAGGAGGAGGAGCAGGAGGAGGAGGAGGAGGCGGCGGCGGCGGCGGCGGUGGCAGUGGAGGAGCUGGGACCUACGUGAUCCAAGGCGGAUACAUGCUGGGCAGUUCUAGCCAGUCCUACUCACACACCACCCGUGCCUCACCAGCCACGGUUCAGUGGCUACUGGAUAACUAUGAGACGGCCGAGGGCGUGAGCCUGCCCCGCAGCACUCUGUACUGCCACUACCUCCUGCAUUGCCAGGAGCAGAAGUUGGAACCUGUCAACGCCGCCUCCUUUGGCAAGCUCAUCCGUUCCGUCUUCAUGGGUCUCCGGACGCGUCGUCUUGGCACCAGGGGUAACUCUAAGUACCAUUAUUAUGGCCUGCGCAUCAAAGCCAACUCUCCAUUGCUGCGCCUGAUGGAGGACCAGCAGCACAUGGCCAUGCGGGGUCAGCCCUUUUCCCAGAAACAGAGGCUCAAGCCCAUCCAGAAGAUGGAAGGUAUGACUAAUGGCGUGACCGUGGGGCAGCAGCAGGCAUCGGGGUUGUCCGACAUCAGCGCUCAAGUCCAGCAGUAUCAGCAAUUCUUAGAUGCCUCACGGAGCCUUCCAGACUUCACGGAGCUCGAUCUGCAGGGCAAAGUGCUGCCCGAGGGAAUCGGGAUGGAGGAUGUGAAGGCCUUUCAGGUCCUAUACCGGGAGCACUGCGAGGCUAUUGUGGAUGUCAUGAUCAACCUGCAGUUCACACUGGUGGAGACCCUGUGGAAGACGUUCUGGAGAUACAACCUUAGCCAGGCCAGUGAAGCCACCCCCCUGGCCAUCCACGAUGAAGCCGAGAAGCGGCUACCUAAAAACAGUCUGGUGAUCCUGUCCAAGUACGAGCCUGUGCUCAAGUGGACCAAGGAUUGCGAUAACCUGUUGUACCAGGGCCUGGUGGAGAUCCUCAUCCCGGACGUGCUGCGGCCCAUCCCCAGUGCCUUGACACAAGCAAUCCGGAACUUUGCCAAGAGUCUGGAAAGCUGGCUCACCAAUGCCAUGAUGAACAUCCCUGAGGAGAUGGUGCGCGUGAAGGUGGCAGCUGCGAGUGCCUUCGCCCAGACACUGCGGCGCUACACCUCCCUCAACCACCUGGCACAGGCAGCGCGGGCCGUGCUGCAGAACACAGCGCAGAUCAACCAGAUGCUCAGCGACCUCAACCGGGUUGACUUUGCCAAUGUCCAGGAGCAGGCCUCGUGGGUGUGCCGCUGCGAGGACCGGGUGGUGCAGCGGCUGGAGCAGGAUUUCAAGGUGACGCUGCAGCAGCAGAACUCUCUGGAGCAGUGGGCAGCAUGGCUGGAUGGUGUGGUCAGCCAGGUGCUCAAGCCCUACCAGGGCAGCCCCAGCUUUCCCAAGGCUGCCAAGCUCUUCCUCCUCAAGUGGUCCUUCUACAGUUCCAUGGUGAUCCGGGACCUGACUCUGCGCAGCGCCGCCAGCUUCGGUUCGUUCCAUCUCAUUCGCCUGCUCUACGAUGAGUACAUGUACUACCUGGUUGAGCACCGCGUGGCCCAGGCCAAGGGCGAGACACCCAUUGCUGUCAUGGGCGAGUUUGCCAACCUGACCAGUUCCCUAAACCCACUGGAUCCUGACAAAGAUGAGGAGGAGGAAGAGGAAGAAGAGAGUGAGGAUGAGCUGCCACAGGAAAUUUCGCUCAACUCCGAGUCGACCCCGCUCGGCUCCGAGCCCCUGGAGCCCCCAGCCAAGCUGGCGCGGACAGAUGGGCGGAGCAUUUUUGUGCAAGCCUCCAGCUAAGAGGGCCCCUUGGGCUCCAAGGGGCCACCCAGGACUCCGCCUCCUCCUUGCCCCUCCCUGCCCCCUCCCACCCGCCCAGCGGCUGGGACCUGCCUUGAAGGGCACCUACCCCCUCCCCUAGCCCUUAUAGGAGUCUAGACUUCCAUCUGAGCUCCUCCCCUCCCCUUCCCUCCUCUCCCUUCCCAGCUCCCAGCUUCCCUCUGACACCAAAGUCCAGCCCCAUCUCCAGGGUGCCCUGCAAUUUAAGUGGCUUUGCCGUGCUUUUGUUUCUGCCUCUGCCCCAGCUGAAGACUUUUUAGCGGGCACCUAUGGUCCCAGUUGCUGAUAUUAAAGAGAGUAGGGAGAACCAAGGCAGGGAAAGCUUUGCGGACCCAGGCCCCCUCCUCCCCACUUCCCUUCCCCCUCUCCCCGCUGUGCUCUUCUUCCCUCCCCCACCCCCCGGCCACUCCACCCUGUGUUUCUUCCCCACGCUUCUCCCCUCCAAACACCCUGAGCCUUCCUCCUCCCCUCCCUCGCUGGUGGUCUUAUUGUGCUGCCUCCAGCGAGGGAUAGGAGUGGGCUGGAGCCCGAGGCUGAGGGAGCGCUGCACAGCACAAUCACAGGGCAGGAGGUGCUCCCAUUGCACUUAGGGGAAGGCCCUGCUGGCUUCCUGCAGCUGCAAACACUGACAAAGAUGUGCCUUAAGGAACAAACCUGUGUCACAGUGCCAUAGGGUUCAGGGGGAGAGGCCAAGCAGUGGCCCCAGUUGGAGGCAGGAACCUUCACCCCAAUUGAGGAGCUAAUGCCUUCUCUGCUUGCCUGGCCACUGAGUGGGAGCAGGCAAAGGAUUGUGAUUAGAUCCAGGCUAGGCCAGAAGGGGAUGAAGGCUGCCAGCUGGGUCGGGGCUUCCCUUACCAAGGGCACAAAGUGCCCGGAGGGGGGAGAUCCAGGGCUUCCCCCCAAUCCCCCCAACCCCGCUUCACCCCUUUGGUUUCAUUUAUUCAGCGUGCUGGGUUUGCAGUGUCAUUCCCAACCCCUGUAGCUGCCCUGGGACGGGCAGUGGAGAGGGGGAACUGAGCCAGGCUAAGCCCUAGGCUUCAACCUGGGUGCUGGUGGAUGUAUGUGCGUGUGUGUGUGUGUGUGUGUGUGUGUGCGUGUGUGUACAUAGAUGUUAUUUUUUGGGUUGCUGGUUUCAGCAGCACUUGGCAAAGUGCAAAGGUUCCUUUCCCUGUCACCCUUCCCUGAGGAACCCUACUGCUUUCUGUUCUCUUAGUUUUAAGUGCAAUUCAAGCAGCUGCCUGGGCUGCUUCAGAAGAGGUGUCCGUUUGAGUGCUGCCUAGACCCGGGGUGCAUCCUCGUUCUCACGCUGGGGCAGAGCUGCAGAAGGGGGAAAGUAGGGGCUCGGGGGACGUGGCUGCUGCAGCCGAGGUGCCUGCUCCCUUGAGGCAUGACAGCGCCCACACCAGCCCGAGCCAGCCAUGCCCUGUGUCAAAUGUCUAGUUGCCAAGGCCGUGUCUUCUCCCUGCUUCCCUUCCCUCUCCCGCUCCACCCCGACUUCCGCCACCUCACCAGCACUGUUCUCUAACCCGUACCCGCUAUCUCCAAGGCUGCUUGGCACCAGCCCUUGGUGAGCCCGUACCACCUUCCCACAGCUCUGGGCCUAGGGCUGGGCAGCGGGAGGAAAUGAGCCCUUGCAUCACAGAAACUACUAACCUGAUCCCAAGAGGAAGGGGAAGUGAGCAUCCCCGUCGUCCCCCCACCUCCAGUUGCCUCAGCUGGCAACAAAGGGCAUGAGCCCAGUCCCAUCUUGUGAGCCUAGGGAAGGUGCCAGUAGCACCCCGGACCCCAAACAGCCUCCACACAGGAGGCAGGGAGAGGCUUCAACAGACGGCAGCACUCUAGGUGAAACUGACCUCACAGAGAUUGGGGGCAGGUGGGGGCACAUAGACGCAAUUCAGCUCUUGCUGCCUCACCUGCCAGGAACGAUAGUCCUCUCUCCCAACUUCUUUUCCUUCCCAGCAGCCACCCCUAUAUGAUACUGGUUUGUAAUGGAAUCUUAUUAGAUAUUUUAGUUUUCAAGAGAUCUGUGGGGUUUUUUUUGGUUUUUUUCGGUAACGUAAUGACCUAACCCGCCUCUCUCUGCACCAUAUAACUAUCGUGCGAUUUGUGAACGACAUCGAAGCAAAGUCAAUAGCGGUUGGCAUUUUUCCAACCAUCAUGGCCUUAUUUGUUCCAAUUUUUUCAGUGUUUUCAACCCGUGAGGUAGAUGUUUAUGGCAAAAAACAAAAAAAGUAAAAAA